ACAAGAGCUUUCCAAUACUUCUCACAAGCUAGUCCUUUUCAAAGGCAAUAAACAUCAAACAAAAAUGAAAACCUCAUUUCUUAAUGAGUUACUUAAUGGAAUUUAUAUCUCCUCAAUUUAUCCAACCGGGAAGUCGUCAACGAGAUACUUGCUUGAUUCUUCUAGCAUAUACAACAAAUCCAUCACAAAAUCAAAGCAAGGUAAAUUCAAUUCUGUUAUGACAAAGAUGAACAUAUUUGGGAGAAAGGGUGAUGGUUUUGCACAUGCAGUCCGAGAGCAUGUAAGACUUGGACCAAAGAUAACAGAAACGGUUAAAGGGAAAUUAAAGUUGGGAGCAAGAAUUCUUCAGGUUGGUGGAUUAGAGAAGGUGUUCAUGCAACUUUUUAGUGUUAAAGACGGAGAGAAGCUAUUGAAAGCAUUACACUGCUACAUAUCAACCACAUCAGGUCCUAUAGCUGGCCUCCUCUUCAUAUCAACUCACAAAGUUGCUUUCUGUAGUGACAAAUCCAUCAAGACCACUUCUCCCAAAGGAGAACUAAUUAGAGUCCAAUAUAAGGUCUCUAUUCCACAUGAAAAGAUAGAGCAGGUCAACCAAAGUCAAAAUGUGAUGAAACCUUUAGAAAAGUACAUAGAAAUAGUCACGGUGGAUGGUUUCGACUUCUGGUUUAUGGGAUUUUUUAAUUACCGGAAAGCUUUAAGAUAUCUCCAGCAGGCUAUCUCUCAAUCUCAGAGAGAAAAGUUGUAGAAAUAGGCAAAUUGUUUAUCCUUACUGCUUCAUCAAUUAUUUUUUGAAGUUGCAGAGGUUCCAAAUAUGUACAAAUAUUCUACAUCAUUUUGUUAAUAGAAAAAUAUAUCUGUUUAUUAAACUUUUGGUACCAUGUACAAAGUUGUUAAACUCAAUUUUAACAAAGUUAAACAUCA